AUGAGUUUAAAACCUUUCACCUACCCAUUUCCGGAGACGAGGUUUCUUCAUGCAGGACCCAAUGUGUAUAAAUUCAAAAUUAGAUAUGGCAACAACAUCAGAGGGGAAGAGGUAGAAAACAAGGAAGUCAUCGUCCAGGAGCUAGAGGAUUCUAUUCGUGUGGUCUUGGGAAACCUGGAUAAUCUGCAGCCGUUUGCUACAGAACACUUCAUUGUAUUUCCCUCACAUUUCCCAGAUAAAAGCAAAUGGGAGAGAGUGUCCCACCUGAAAUUCAAACACGGAGAGAUUGUCUUGGUCCCUUAUCCAUUUGUUUUCACUCUGUACGUGGAGAUGAAAUGGUUUCAUGAAAACCUGUCAACUGGAAAACCAAUAAACAGCAGUCCGCUUGGGUUGGUCCUGGCAGAGAGGAAAGCAGCAGGAGCCGUGAUGAGGAAACGAAAACACGCAGAAGCGCCCAGCUCCCCAACCAGGCCAGGGCUGGACAGGCCCAAGAAGGGGACUUCCAGCCAAGAGCUCAGCAAAAAGAAGGCCCCUAUGGAAACCAGGAGGAACAGAGAAAGAAAAACCCAGCAGGAAUGGCAGGAGACCUCAGCAUUUGAUAUCACUGAUGUUCAGGACCAGGAUUCUAAGUGGGGGGACAGCCGAGCAGGGAAGAUUACCCCACCAUUGCAGCAAAACGAUCCACCUCCACCUGAAGGACGCACGGAGCUGGGAACCAGUGGCUUCUUUGGGUUUCUAAGCUCUCUCUUCCGGUUUCGGUAUUUCUUCAGAAAGAGCAGCCAGUGA